GGAGAAGAAGGAGGAAGAGCGGCCGCCCAGAGACCAUGAGCGGCUCCGGGGCCCCUCCGCCGCCUCCGGGCCUGGGGUCGAGCUCUGGGCCCGGCGGGGAUGCCGAGCCGGAGCCGCCUCCGUCGCUGCUGAGUGUCGACCUGGCCGGGCUGGUGUCGCAGUUCGCGCGGAGCUUCGCGCUCGUCUUCCCCGUGUACGUGCUGGGCUACCUGGGGCUGAGCUUCAGCUGGGUCCUCGUCGCCCUGCUGUGCCUCUUCUGGGUGCAGAGGCACCGGGGAGGGAAGAACUCCCGCCUCGGCCGAGCCCUCGCCUUCCUGCACGACGAGGAGCGGGCCGUGCGCCUCGCCGUCUCCACCAGCGACCUGCCCGCAUGGGUUCAUUUUCCAGACACAGAGAGAGCAGAAUGGUUGAAUAAGACUGUGAAACACAUGUGGCCUUUCAUUUGUCAGUUUAUUGAGAAACUUUUCCGUGAAACAAUAGAACCAGCGGUGAGAGGAGCAAACAGCCGCUUGAGCACCUUCAGUUUCACAAAAAUUGAUAUAGGUAAUCAGCCCCUUAGGAUUAAUGGUGUUAAAGUGUACACUGAGAAUGUGGAUAAAAGGCAGAUCAUAUUGGAUCUUCAGAUCAGUUUUGUUGGUAAUUGUGAAAUAGACUUGGAAAUCAAGAGAUACUUCUGCAGAGCUGGCGUAAAGAGCAUACAGAUUCAUGGUACAAUGAGAGUUAUAAUGGAACCGCUUCUUGGAGACAUGCCCUUAAUUGGAGCACUCUCUCUGUUUUUCCUUAGGAAGCCACUUUUAGAAAUUAACUGGACAGGACUGACCAAUCUUCUGGAUAUUCCAGGACUAAACGGUUUAUCAGACAGUAUAAUCCUAAAUAUUAUAUCUAAUUAUCUGGUGCUUCCAAAUCGGAUCACUGUUCCUCUCGUGAGCGAGCUGCAAAUCGCACAGUUGCGGUUCCCCAUACCAAAGGGUGUACUACGAAUACACUUCCUUGAAGCUCAGGAUCUGGAAAGAAAAGAUACUUUCCUAAAGGGAACUAUUAAGGGGAAGUCUGAUCCUUACGGAAUCAUUCGUGUUGGCAAUCAGAUUUUUCAAAGUAAAGUCAUCAAAGAAAAUCUCAAUCCAAAGUGGAAUGAAGUUUAUGAGGCUUUAGUGUAUGAGCAUCCGGGACAGGAGUUGGAGAUUGAGCUAUUUGAUGAAGAUCCAGACAAGGAUGAUUUUCUAGGAAGUCUGAUGAUUGACCUAAUUGAGGUUGAAAAGGAACGCUACCUGGAUGAGUGGUUUACUUUGGAUGAAGUCUCCAAAGGGAAGUUGCAUUUAAAACUCGAAUGGCUCACAUUGAUGUCCACCGUAGAGACUCUUGACCAGGUGCUAAAAAGCAUAAGAGCUGAUAAAGACCAAGCCGAUGAUGGGCUUUCAUCAGCAUUGCUUAUUCUCUAUUUGGAUUCAGCAAGGAAUCUACCAAGUAUCUACGAGGGAAACUUUGGGUGUGGAUACUUAAAAGAGAGGAGAGCAUCGGGACUAGUCUUUUGUGAAAAUACUACCUCACUCUAUAGAGCACUAUUUCAUAAUCCAUUAGAUUAUAAUCCAGAUGCCUUGAAGAAGUCUGCUGUUCAGAAAGCCCUAAAGUCAGGAAAGAAAGUUAACAGCAACCCAAAUCCACUUGUCUCAUUGACUGUUGGACACAAGGAACAAACAAGUAAGAUUCGCUACAAGACCAAUGAGCCUGUCUGGGAAGAAAACUUCACUUUCUUUGUCCACAACCCCAAGCGACAAGAGCUAGAAGUGGAGGUCAAGGAUGAUCAGCACCAGUGCUCCUUGGGAUAUUUCAAGCUUCCUUUAAGCCAGCUCCUGGCGAGCGGAGACUUAACUAUGCAUCAAAGAUUCCAUCUUAGCAACUCUGGUCCAAACAGCACUAUAAGCAUGAAGAUUGCACUCAGGAUCCUUUCUCUUCAAAGACAAGACAGGCCUGCAGACUACCAACACUCGGCCCAAGUGAAGAGGCCCUCUGUUUCCAAAGAUGGGAGAAAAGGUUCUUUCAAGCCUCAGGUCCCCGUUUCUCCAGCAGCUGACUCAAACAAACCUGCCCCUGCUUCCACAGUAGCAGACACUGAAAAAAAGACUGACGUGGUUGAAAAAAGUCAUCCCUCAAAUCCCAGUCCUCAGCGGCCAACAGAUCUCAGCAGGAGUUCCUCCGGUCUCUUGGCCUCCAGUCUGAGCUAUUCACCCAGCCAUCUCUCCAUCAAAGAGCCUACUCCAAGUAUUGCCUCGGACAUAUCACUACCCAUCGCUACUCAGGAGCUACGGCAACGACUAAGACAACUUGAAAAUGGCACAACGUUAGGACAAUCUCCGCUGGGGCAGAUUCAGUUAACAAUUCGUCACAGCUCACAAAGAAAUAAACUCAUAGUGGUGGUACAUUCGUGCAGAAAUCUAAUCGCUUUUUCGGAGGAAGGCUCUGAUCCAUACGUCCGAAUGUAUUUAUUGCCUGACAAAAGGAGAUCAGGAAGAAGAAAAACAAGUGUUUUGAAGAAGAAUUUAAAUCCAUUAUUUGAUCAAAGCUUUGAUUUCAGUGUUUCAUUACCUGAGGUGCAGAGGAGAACUCUAGAUGUAGCAGUAAAGAACAGUGGAGGUUUUUUGUCCAAAGACAAAGGGCUGCUUGGUAAGGUAUUGAUUCCACUGGCUUUUGAAGAACUAGCCAAAGGCUGUACCCAGUGGUAUGAUUUGACAGAAGAUGGCACAAAGCCGCACGUCGCACCUUAGGCAGCUCUGGAAGCCGGAAGUUCCCAUUUAGCAUACUUUUUUUCCCAGUCUUUGUAUAUUUUAUCAGCAUUGUUAACACAGAUGUAACAAUAUUAUUUUUAUAACUUUUAGUUAAUAGACAUCCACCCCUCAACAGUUUUAUAACACCUGGACAUUUUAUGUAGGUUUGUCAGCUUAAUUAUUGAAACUUCUUCUCUUAAUUUGUUACAGCUAUUUUAAUGUGCAAUAGGGAUUAUUAGAGUAACUGUUUCAGUGGAACCUUUUUUGGCACUUGUACCCUCGAAGGAAGUGAGAAGACAGUGUUCCUCUGUUUUGCCUCUUGUUUUGUAUCUCACCGAGGAGUCCGCCAUGUAAAUAGAGACUAUUUUUUUAUCAUUUUUCCUCAGCCAUUUUAAGGCAGAAGAAAAUAUCAAAGCAAACUAGAUAUUUUCUUCUAAAUGCAUGCUAAGAAUUUAAGACAAACCAGGGGAAGGGGGGGUGGCUUUGCUGCAAGGUGGUCUAAUGUAAUCAGUUUCUUUUUUCUAAUCUGGGAGAAAUGAAUGAAAUAGUUAGCCCAUAUAUUUCUUGCCUUGAUGGCUUGCAAAAGAGGGAGAGUACAAAAUAUUAACUUUUUAAUAUUUAUAUAGAAAUGUGGUCUUGGAUGUGGUCACAGAUUAUUCAUAUAAAUCACAAAUUCAGAUAGUAUUAUAAGGAAAUCGAACUGAAAUGUAUUUAUAAAUACUGUAUAAAAAGGUUAUUAAGAUCCUGAAAUCACAGGAUGGGACUGGGGUCUCCUAUGAUGCAAAAGUGAAGACUAAUGUAGUAUGUUGUUUUGUUAUGCACUUUUACAGUCAUCGUUUCAUAGUAGAAUUUAUUUACCCAGCCAAUACUACCAGAAAUUUGUCUAUGCAAAAGAAGGAUCAAGAUGGGAUUUGUGGAUAAACCACGCCAGUCAUCUAAUAAUUGCGGUGGUGUCAGUUUGCUACAAGUAUGAAACUGGGUCUUAGCACAUCUGCUGUUCAUUUCCUAAAAUGCCAAAUGUCUGUUUUAAAUGGGAGCACAAAUUACAGAAAGCUAGAUUUGUGCUGACUAUUCAGUGCUGCUGAUUGUAGUGUUUGGAGCAGUACCUCUGUUUUGGGUCUGACUCAUUAAAAGCAGUCACAUUCCUUGUAAGCACUACUGUAUUUUGCUGCAAGGACCAGCACCACAGCAAUUCACAGGAAUGCCACCGGUAAAGACUCUGUCUCUGGAGGCUAAGAGCACAAGAGAAAUGUUUAAAAAACAAAUUGCAUUUAAACCAGCUUUUAACCUGGAUUUGCAUUUAAACCCGCUUUUAACCUGGAAUGCAUUAAUCCUGAAUGUUGUUAAUGUAUAGAAAGUGAGAAAACCAUUUUAAAUCAAGUUUAUGUUGAGUGGUGUAGGGUCCCCCUUCCCCCAAUCUGAUUUUACAUACCUGGGAAACCCAAUAGCAGUUUGCAGGAAAAUACCUGAUUUGUUUUGACCAUGAUUUUUUUUUAAAAAAAUUUUUAAUUAUUGUCACUUCAGAAUGAAAUCAACGGGACAUUGAUUAUAUCCACUUUUCUUUCUUUCUUUAAAAAAGUUUUUUCAGAUAGUUUAAACAAGAAACAUACAUCUGUUUUUAACCCCAAGAGAUGGUGCAAUUUCCUCUGCAGUUAGCAGUUUCACUACCUUGGGGUAAAUAUGCAAUUGCUUUUUGAGGGAGGGAAAAGUUACAAAAAUUCAAGACUCUUGCAAUGGCUUCUGGCCGCAAGAAUUAAUUUUUAAAGAGUGAGCAAACUUCUGGAAUACUAGCUUUAUAACUAAACUUGGAGGACCUUAAUUGUAGCCUGGACAAUUGGUACAAUCUAUAGCAGGAACUUCUCCUGCACAAGCACUGAUCAGUUGAGCUUGCACAGAAGGUGUCUCCGUUGUGCCCUUUCCGCUACUGCGUAAACCAAAGUGCCUGUUAUAAAUGUAGCACUGUUUAUGCCAAGUUCUAAAAACAAAUUCAUUUUUAUUUGUUGGGCUGUACUUCAACAUGACACAUUUAUCCUUUUGUUUGUGUGUCUGUGUGGUUGUGUGGAUAUACACACACAUAACACACGCUACCACCCUUCAUGUAAUAUCAGUGUUGUGCUUUUUUGUUUUAAUUUUGCUUAAGGCUUUACUAGGCAGACUUCUGCAACUUCCCUGGGAUUUUAGUCUCCACGUACCAUAACUGGGUUCUAUGGGAAAAGCGAACCCUAACUUAAGGAAUGGUUGAUAUGGUUCCUAUGUAUUCUUAACUGACACAAUGUGCAUCUUCCGAGUGAUGCGACCACUUGUUAGUGGACUCCAACAAAGAGUGGGAGCUGCUGCAAUCUAAGCUCUUGUUCUACUGAGACUUUUCUGACAGAUUAGAAAACAGAAGAUGGGAAUCAAAGUGUCUGGGCCCCACUAUUCUGGUGUGGGCCAAAUGGCCUUCAGUAACAGAGAGCAUGGCAUGAUGGCACUUCAUUAUGCAGCAAUUCCUAAAUGGUUAUUUUUGUUCCAAUAACAAGAAAACCAUGGAAGGACGGGGGAGAGUCUGCUUUUGUGUUUGUGUGUGUAACACAGCCUUUUGGAUCAGAGGUUGAUAUUGGCAGGUGGGUUCCACAUCAGAAGCAAUUAUUUUGAAGAGUCCCUUCCAAGUCUAGAAGUGAUUGCCUUAUGAAUCUGUAGAGUCUUGAGUGUGAGGACUUUCUUUUUAGUUGAAAUGUUUUGAGGGGUGGUAGACACCCACCACUACUAUGUAAUGCUGGAAAACAUUUUCAGCCCAUUAUUGCAGGGCAAGUUGUUAUCAGCCUUCCCCAGUAUGUUGCCAUUUUCUGGGUCCUUUUCAGUACUUCAAUCCUUUUCAAUACAUGCAGACCUUCUGCAUGAAAGAGACUUGGGGUGAUAAAUAAUGGAUGCAAAAAUAGUUUUUUAUAUAAUGUGAGAAGUCCCCUGGGUUUGCUCCCGAAAGAAUAGAGGGAGCGCUCAUGAAAAUCAAGACCCAAAACUAAAUGCUUAAGAAGAAAUGCACUUUCUUUCUUUGGAAAUCAGAAACUGUAUGCAGGAAAAUACUCCAUCCGCAGUUUCAUGAUGGUUCUGAGAGGAAUUAUGAGGAAGCAUGGUUACCAUUAGUAAAUGAAAGAUUGAAUGUCGUCAGACUGGCUUUCCAUGAUUUUUGUUUCAAUCCUGUGCCUUAAAAAAGGAAAGCUUAACCAUUUGUGUUUAAGCCCGAGCUUUUGUAUUCUGUAUUUACCAGUCUUCUUUCUGUCACGUGCUGUUGAAACUGUUCAGUGCAGUGUUUUUGCUGGUGAGGAAAGCAGCACUUCACAUUUGGAGCUACUGUAAUCCAGACACCAAGUUGGUGUGUUAUCUGGGUCUUUGUGUUUUGAACCCUUUCUUUAGCAAACCUGCAGCAGCUGGUGAAAGGAAGAGAUUACCUUUUUUUGCUCAAAUAAUUCUGCAGUUGCAUGUAUUUAUUCAAUAAACUCUUCAUAUGAAAA